AUGCCAAUGGAAGGUUGCCUUGGGAUUCGAUUCACAUGGCUCCAGACGGUGUUUGACAACUUCCCAAUACUUUUUAAUUUUAUGAACAAACUUAAGUGUGCGACCGGAUUGUGCCCUAGUGAUCUGGAAGACUAUGGAUGUUCUUGUAGAUAUGAAGAGGAAGACAACCCUAUUGAUGCCAUCGACAGCUGUUGCUUUCAACAUCGCAGAUGCUAUAAGGAUGCUGCCGAAAAAGAUUGCAAAUUGGAGCCUUUGAACAUUCACUUUAACGAAAGCUGCCUGUCCACCAACUACAGCUGUGAUUUCCAGAACAGACUUCAGCUGUCCCUUGAUCCUGCCCCGGAAUUGAAAACGUCUCUCCAAACCGUGCAUGGCUCCCCAGUCAUUAAUAACGAGAACGUCUGUUUUGUUCCCUCAGACCCAUCAGAUCACUGUGAGCACUUGUUCUGCCUUUGUGACAACGCUGCAGUCGAAUGUUUUUCCCGCUCGUUUUAUAACGCAUCCUUGAGAAACUUAGAUAGUUCCUUUUGCCCGGCUUCAUCUACAGGUAAGUGCUUAUACUUGUUUGAUUCAUGGAAAACUGGGGGGGCCCAUGUGACCACCUUUAUUGUGUUUCGAUCCUCAGAGUCCCCUGUCCUGCCAUCUACACCACAAACAUCUCAGUUACUACCAACUGAUGCUUCCCUGGAAGUGGUUGAAGAAUCAACAGGAAUGACUACCGAGUCACCUGAUACUUCUCAAGAAUCGAAAACGGAAGGACAUGACAAGCCAGAAUCAAAAACAGUGCCUUUCUUCAUGCUCCCCAUUUUAGGAGGUGAAACUUUGAUUGAUUUGCCGCUAGGCAGUGAAGUUGAAGAAUGCACCAGCAGCACCUUCUACCAAUACGGCACCAAUGGCCGAAUGAAAUACGAAAUGCCAAGGCUCGGGGAGAUGCUGCACUGCCUAACUGACCGAUGCCCUCACGAAUUCGAGAUGUACGGCUGCUACUGUGGACAGGAAGGCCGAGGCCGCCCGGUGGAUGAACUGGACAGGUGUUGCUACCAUCACCAAUGCUGUCUGGAGCAGAUUCGAAUGCUCGGUUGUCGCCCAGAAAGAAGAUUUAAUGGCCACCUCACGUGUGAAAACGGGCAACCCAGAUGUGUGGGAAUGACCAUUUGUGACAAGUUAAACUGCAUAUGUGACAAAGCAGGCGCGGAGUGCAUGGCGCGUGCCCAAUUCAACGAUUCAAUGGCCUUCCUGGACAGGCAGCAGUGCCGUGGUAUGAAAGCAUCCUGCAGGCGCUGGCCAGCCGGCGGACGACCCCCCAGACCGACACCUCCGAAAUCGGAAGACUCCAGCGAGGAAAUCGGAAUUCACACCUUAGAAUCUUUAGGCUCAUCCAGACUGGCACGUCAAUCCCGUUCACGCGCUGCCAGGCAUCUCGGUGUGGGCACUACGCCACGGGGAGCCACGGAGAUGACGACGACCGCAGAGACUGAAGGGCCAGAAGAAACUGGCGAGCAGAAUGGAGAGUUAGCUUGGUCAUCUGAAAUAUACGGGGAAACGCAAACCACCGUGAAUCCGAGAAGAAAAUGA